CACCGUGAAUCCAAAAAAAAAAAAUACAACGCCUCCAGAAAAAGUUCUCGAGCUGUUCUCACUUUCAAGUCGCUCGCGUUCUCUUCUCCACAUGUAACUUCCUUGUUUCUUAUUUAGAUCCGCUGAGACUUCUUUUUUUUAUUUUUGUGUAUUAAUCGAUUUCGUAAACCCUAGAUUCGUCGAUCUUGAAUCUGCCCUAAUCCAUGGCGUCCUCACCUGGUAACACUAACCCCAACAAUCCUCCGCCGUUCGAUCUCGGCACUCUCUUCAAACCAUCGUCGAGCCCUUUCCCCACGCCGCCGGCGUCUUACCCUCCCCCCGCAGGUCCGUUUCUCCACAACGAGGUUGCGACUUCGUCUUCACCCGCGGCUAACUUGCACCAACAACAAAUAACUCUAUCGUACCCGACGCCGCCUGUGAAUCUCCAAUCGCCGCGUGCUAAUCACAACCCCGGAACGCACCUUCUCGCUCUCCUCAAUAACAGCAGCAACGGCGCCGCGGCGGCGAAUCAAGAGCCGCCGCCGUCGUCGCAUCAUCAGGAAACCGCUCGCUCGUUCCCUUCGGGUCCUAUUCGCGUGCCGAGCUGCAAGUUUCCGAUGGGGAGGCGGUUGACUGGGGAACACGCUGUGUACGAUGUCGACGUGAGGUUGCACGGCGAGAUUCAGCCGCAGCUUGAGGUGACUCCGAUUACUAAAUACGGGUCGGAUCCUCAGCUCGUUGUGGGUCGCCAGAUCGCAGUCAGUAAGGUGUACAUAUGCUAUGGAUUGAAAGGAGGAAGCAUUCGUGUUCUCAAUAUUAACACCGCUUUAAGAGCUUUAUUCCGAGGCCAUUCUCAGAGAGUGACAGACAUGGCCUUCUUUGCUCAGGAUGUUCAUCUCUUGGCUAGUGUAAGCUUAGAUGGAAAGGUAUUCGUGUGGAAAAUAUCUGAAGGCUCUGAGGGAGAUGAUGACCCUCAGAUAACUGGGAAGAUUGUUCUUGCUCUUCAGAUACUUGGUGAGGAAGACACCAAACACCCACGUGUUUGUUGGCACUCCCACAAACAGGAAAUUUUGGUGGUUUCAAUUGGGAAACACGUUCUCCUAAUUGAUACGUCCAAAGUUGGCAGAGGUGAAGUAUUCUCGUCUGAGUCUCCGAUUCAGUGCCACCUUGAUAAAUUGGUUGACGGUGUAAAGAUUGUCGGCAAGCACGAUGGAGAGGUCACAGAUUUAUCUAUAUGCCAAUGGAUGACCACACGACUCGUUUCUUCGUCUGUUGAUGGCACGGUUAAGAUAUGGAAAGAUUUUAUGGCACAACCAGUUGCAGUUCUGAGACCUCAUGAUGGCUAUCCUGUCAAUUCAUCAACAUUUGUGACAUCCCCUGAGAGACCUGAUCACAUCAUACUCAUCACUGGGGGACCUCUAAAUCGAGAGAUGAAGAUUUGGGUUCCAGCUGGGGAAGAAGGAUGGCUCCUAUCAGCUGAGUCUGAGUCAUGGAAUUGUACUCAGAAACUCGAUUUGAAAAGUUCAACUGAACCACGAGCGGAGAUGGCGUUUUUCAACCAAAUCACAGCGUUGUCUGAAGCAGGCCUGCUCUUGCUUGCAAAUGCGAAAAGGAACGCCAUAUAUGCCGUGCAUUUGGACUAUGGCUCAUCUCCAGCUGAUACAAGGAUGGACUUCUUGUCUGAGUUUACAGUCACUAUGCCGAUAUUAAGUUUUAUAGGUACACAUGAUCCUUCAGAAGAACCCAUUGUUAAGGUUUAUUGUGUUCAGACUCAAGCAAUCCAGCAGUAUACGUUAGAUUUAUGCUUGUGCUUGCCACCUUCUGGAGAAGAGAAUGUGGGUUUGGAAAAGUCAGAUUCUAGUGUUUCGCGGGAGGCAAAUCUUGUUGAUGGCAUGUCAGAACCAUCUGGACUGAAGCCUACAGAAUUCCCUUCAGUUGAUUCAGUUCCUAAACCAUCUAUACUUGUGAAUAGAUCGCAAGGUUCUGCAUCAGGGGAUACCACAGCUCCAGCGAUUGUUCCAUCCAACAGUGAGCCUAGAACCUCUGGGCUGCUAUCUGAUACCAAUGGUGGAGGGUCUGCGUAUGGUACUGCAACCCAGCUUCCUCUAAGUCCCAGACUAUCAAGUAAACUUUCUGGCUAUCAGACUCCUGUAGAAGCUUUUGAGCAGGUAGAAUCUCGUUAUGAGCUCAGUGGCAAAGCACCUUCUGCUGAUUAUGGUGUUGAUAAGCACACCUUUGAGGAAAGCUCAAGUAGCGAGGAGAAGAAUAUAACACCUGAUGACGAUGAGUCUGGGAUCCGAAGCUCGCCAUCUUUUUUCAAGCACCCUACUCAUCUUGUAAAACCGUCAGAGUUCUCUAUGGGCGUUUCGUCUGCCGAAGCCCCCGUUGCUACUGAAGACAAGAGUGAUAGAGUUAGUAACGAUGCAAGUGGCACAGAAAUUGAGGCGAGUGAAGUUGGUGAAGUCAAUUAUCAUGAAGAAACUAUGAAUGGCACUUCAGAGAGUAGAGAAAAAAUCUUCUACUCACAAGCUUUGAAUCUCAGCACUGAGAUGGCAAGAGACUGUUAUCCUAGUACAGAUGAAACUAAGGCUUAUGAACAGUCUGUACAUGCUGACGAUAGUCUUGAGUCAAGAGAUGUCUCUGCAAAGAUUCCUGAGUUGGUUUCAUCUAGUGGGCUUCCACAGUCGGCAGCAACGAAUAGCAAAGGGAAGAAGCAGAAAGCCAAAAGUUCUCAGAAUCCCAAUUCGUCAGCUGACUCCUACAAUGAGAAAAGUCAGAGCUUAAGUCAUCCCUUGACAGAUUCACUUCCUCAGAUCUUGGCCAUGCAGGAGACAAUGAAUCAGAUAAUGGUUUCGCAGAAGGAGAUGCAGAGACAGCUGUCAAAUGCUGUCAAUGGCCCUGUCACUAAAGAAGGUAAAAGACUAGAAGUGGCUAUAGGUCGAAUGACUGAGAGAACGAGCAAGUCAAAUGCCGAUGCUUUAUUGGCUCGCUUCCAGGAGGAGACUGUUAAGAGUGAAAAGGCAAUGCGUGACCAUUCACAGCAUAUUGUGAAUGCGACGACAAACUUCAUGAGCAAGGAGUUAAAUGCAGUGUUUGAGAAAACGGUCAAGAAGGAAUUUGCUGCAAUUGUUCCAGCCAUAGCACGUGCAGCAACACCGGCGAUUGAAAAAACUAUAUCAUCUGCAAUCACAGAGUCCUUCCAGAGAGGACUUGGUGACAAGGCAGUCAAUCAGCUUGACAGAUCUGUUAAUUCAAAGAUUGAGGCAACCUUAACUAGGCAUAUUCAAACGCAAUUUCAGACCUCUGCCAUCCCAGUUCUCCAGGAAGCUCUUAAGUCGGGUCUGGAGGCCUCACUCAUACCAUCCUUUGAGAGGUUAUGCAAGACCAUGUUAGAGCAAGUAGACACAGCCUUGGAGAAAGGAAUUGCCGAGCACACAAACGCAGCACAACAACGGUUUGAAGCUGGACACUCUCAGCUUGCUCAUACUUUAAAGGAGACCAUUACUUCCACGUCGUCAGUUGCUCAAGCCUUAAGUCGUGCUUUAGCCGAGAGCCAAAGGAAUCGCUCAGGCGUCUUAACUGGUGGGUCAGAUCCCUCGGUUACUCAAGUUAGUAAGGGACCAGUAGCUACUCUUCUUGAAAAGGUUGAAGCACCUAUGGACCCAACUGCUCAAUUAUCCAGGUUGGUAUCUGAAGGCAAGUACGAAGAAUCUUUUACCUCGGCUCUACAGAGAAGCGAUGUCUCUAUAGUAUCAUGGCUUUGCGCACAGGUGGAUCUUCAUAGACUACUGGCUAUGAAUCCCCUGCCGCUGAGCCAAGGCGUGCUACUGUCACUGCUGCAGCAACUAGCAUGUGACAUCAGCAAAGACACUUCCCGUAAGCUUGGGUGGAUGACAGAUGUGGUUACAGCGAUUAACCCAUCAGAUCAGAUGAUUGUGGUUCAUGCUCGCCGAAUCUUUGAACAAGUCUACCAAAUUCUGCACCACCAGCUUAAUGCACCAGGCAGUGACGUCUCUGCCAUCAGACUUAUAAUGCACGUCCUCAACUCCAUGCUUAUGGGCUGCAAAUGAUUACUCCCUCUCGUUCUAUCUUCUUGUUCACAAACCAUAGGAUCACUAAAAUCUUUCAUUUUUGGUUUUUCUUUUUUUUUUUGCAUUUCAUUUUUUCCUUAAAAUGUAGAUUCUCGCUUGUUUAGACGCGUUUAUACAGUGGACGCGUUGAUUCUAUAAAAAUUUCCAUAAACAAAAUUUCUUGGAAUCAAAACCGUACAUGCAAGCGAGCGGAGAAGUUAUUAUU